AUGUUGUUCACACGACAUAGAAGAAGUACUUUAUUUCUAUCGAUAAUCCUUUGGGUCAUUCAGGCGAACCUAUGCUUAGGUUCUUCUUCCAAUCCGUAUGGAACAUGGCCUGAAAUUAGUAUACAGGAACAAAAUGCAAUAAGAUCCGAAAGAGACAUUCAGAAUAAUAUUACAAUCGACCAAUUACCAUAUGUAGGGGUUAAUCUACAGUCAGUAUUAUUUAAUAACCAGACUACUCAGGAGGUGUCGCAGAUUGACACUACAACAAGUUUGAACGGAACUGAUACCCUUAAUAAUUUCUCAUCCUUGUUAAACCAAGGCAUUGGCAGUUUUAUAUUAGACGUUGAAAAUAAAAACCGUACAUGGUACAUAUUGGAUAGUGAUAUCCAAGUUAAAGAUUUUCUUUCAACGUUGGAUAGUUUUUUGGAUCAGAGUAAUAAUAAUUUAUCUGCUAAUAUAAUAUUGUUUAUGUUAAGAGUCCAUGUGAAUGUAUCAGAUAAUGACGCUACCGUUACCGAAGACGAUAAAACCAUAAUACAGGGAAUUUUGAACCAUACCACUUUAAAUUCAACAAUAAGAAAAGAUGUUUCAUUGGAAUUUGAUGAAAGUGAGAAGAAAAAGGGUAAUAGUAGUGAUACUCAACCUGCCAAUUUAAAUUUAACAGUAUUAAUAGAACAAAACUUAAACACGAAAUAUAUUUAUAAACCAUCAGAUCUUUUAGCAGACAAUAAUCUAACAGCAUUAUCAAGUAUUAGCACUAUAUCUUCAUCAGCAGUGCCAUUACAAUGGCCAACAUUAGAACAAUUCUUAUACGCCAAACUAAAUAGAAUAGUCAUUACAGAAUUAAGCACAAUGUUGAACAAUAGCAUGAAUCCGUAUGUAUUUCCGAACACUAUAUUACAUUUGGAUAAAUAUAAUUCGACCUUAGGAUGCCCAACGAACACAGAAGAAUUCAGGAAUAUAAGUUCCAUUCAAUGGAGACUUCUAGAGGCCCCUUUUGAUUAUAAUGGCAUUCAACAUUAUAUGCAUUGUGGUCUUUCCCCAAUAAUAACUAAUAGUUUCAGCAUUUUAAAUAUUACAACGAUUACACCUUUGAUAAAUAGAGGCAUAAUAUGGUCAUGGAAGAAAAAUGAACCAAGAUUAUCCAAUUCUAGAUUACUCAUGGGUAAGGAUUCCAUGCAAGCAUAUAAUUGUGCCAUGUUAAAAUUUACUGCAUCAAAUGGAUCAGCUUAUUUCCAAGUUGAUAAUUGUUAUUCUACUCGAACAAUGGUUUGUAAGAAUAAUGUUGACCCAUUCACGUGGACAUUAUCAGAGGAUAGGCAUAAAUAUUUCACAUAUUAUAACGACGAUGACGAUAUGUUUUGUCCGGAGAAUUAUACAUUUUCAUUGCCAAUCACUCAAUUGGAACAACGGUCAUUGGAUCUUUAUCUAGAUAGUCUUGAUACACCAAGUUUCAAUCUAUGGAUAAAUUUAAAUUCAAUUGCAGUGAGUAACUGUUGGUUAAUUGGCGAUAAAAGUUACAUGUGUCCAUAUACCCGUUCGGUGUCAAAAAGAAAUUUUGUGUCAAUGUUAGUACCUGUAGUGGUCAUCGCAGCUGCAUUAUUAGUCUGUGUCCUGUAUUUGAGUUUGUUAGGUGUCCCUAUUCAUGACAAUCGUAAGAAUUGGAGAAAAGUUGUCAACAAGAUCUCAAAAUCAGAAAUGGAAGGUGUACCAUCGUAA